UUAUAUUGAAAAUGAUCAAAUUAUCAUUCUGCAAGAAUCAUGUGAGCGAGGACGAAGUGUGUACAAGUGUGUCCUGAGACACAGCCAUAGACCGUUUUCCUCUGUACAAGACAAAUUCCCACACAUCACAGUUUUAAGUCUGGAUAGAACACAUUCAGGGCAUUUUUAGAAAAAAAAUGUUUGAAGGUUUAACUAUGAAAACUCCUCCUCCGUGGUCUUUAAAAAAUGACUGACAUUGACUGAAUGACUGAAUUCACCACUCCUAUGAAAAUAUGAUAAUAUUUUGUAAUUUCAAUCUGGCUAAUUCUCAAAUUGUUCAUCAUAAACAAAUGUGUCAGAAAAACGCUAUGAGGAUUCAAAUCAGAAUACGACUUUCUGUUAUGGAAUAUGUCCUCUGUAGUGGACACCAGGACAUACAGCAUGUUUAGUAGGGUUGCUAAGGUGUUGCUCUCAUUGUUAAACUUCUUUUUCACUACAUGUUGCCCCAAAAACAUAUGCAAAUUAGAUACAAUGUAUAUAUGUAAUGUAAAGAAAGGGAAUACCCUUUUAUGGUCGUGUUUACACAUAUUCCAAAUUAGAAUAUCAAAUAAUUAUGUAAUAUAUUUCAUAACAGUUCAGAAUCAUCUUUUAGUUAGAAUCAUCAAAAAAACCCCCCAAAAAAACCAGUCCUGAUGUCCAGAGAACAUAUAAACUAUAAAAUACAUUUCUCUCGCUCUCUCAUUUGUUUGUUACUUCAAUGAUAAAGAAGAAAGGGCAGACUGAUAAACACUCACUCACAGAACUACUGUUAGCCCCCGCCCAGGACUAUUCCAGCUCUUUAUGAAGGGAGAAUGUAUGUGCAUUUGAGAAUGUAUGUCUGUGUGUUUUUAUAUGUUUGUACGGGAUGUGGAGUAGGUAAAGCUUGGUUUAUCAAAUAAAGUGAGAAAUGAAAGAGCUUGUCAUUAGAUGACUGCCAUCUACUGGAUAUAUUGUGAACAGUCCCUCACCCAGGUUUUUUUUUUUUUUUUUUGUGCAUUAGAAUCACAAUCCAUUUUUAUGAGAACUGAAAAGUUAGAUUUGUUAAACUAUUACUAUUAACAUAAAAUAAGCCUACCAUAGAAAGUGGCUAGCACAACAUUACAUGAUCCCAGUUCUCUGUUAAUUGUGAACGUUUAUUUAAUUUAUUUUUCUUUUUAAACUUUUUUUCUUCUUAAUUUAUUUUUGUUGUUGUUAAAAUAAAGAAAAAUGUUUAUUGCUAGAAAAUAACAAAUAUCACACCUCUGAGUUUAAUGUAAUAUUGGUAACUGUUGUUGAAUUUAUUCUGUGAAAAUUCUGAAACAGAGAAAGUGAGACCCAGAGUGACGUCUUUCUUAACGCUCAUGUGACACCACCUGCUCUAUAAAACAUUGCUGACUCGUCAUACAUUAAUGAGUCAAGUGGCUGUAUGAGAGAAAGUAAUAGAGAUGUGGAUCACACUAUAUUUAUGUUUUUAUCUGUCCUUUACCUGCAUCUCUGCAUCUUCAAUCACCAGGUCAGGCUCCUGUCAGCUCCAGGGACGCUUCAAGUUGAAGGGGAUGUACCAAGACGGAGACCUUAUCAUCGGAGGCCUGUUUGCAUUUCAUCUCAUCACAGUGUUCCCAGAACUGAACUUUAAAAGAGAACCGGAACAGUCACAUUGUGAGCGAUUCUAUAUGGCAAGUUUCCAGCAGGCACAAACUAUGGUAUAUGCCAUAAAUGAGAUCAAUAACAAUCCUAACCUGUUGCCUAACAUCACCCUCGGUUACCAUCUGUAUGACAACUGUGUAAAGCUUGGACUGGCAUUCAGGUCUGCAACCGCCCUGCUUAGUGGGACAGAGGAGAUUGUUUCCAAUUUCAACUGCACUGGCCCUCCUCCAGUAAUUGGGAUUGUGGGGGAUCCUGGAUCCACUCACUGUAUAGCAAUCUCCAGUGUGCUGGGACUAUUUCGAAUACCUAUGGUUAGCUACUACGCCACCUGCUCCUGUUUGAGUGACAGGAAAAAGUAUCCUUCUUUCUUCAGAACAAUCCCCAGUGAUGCCUUCCAGGUGCGGGCUAUGAUUCAGAUUUUGAGGCAUUUUGGAUGGACUUGGGUUGGUCUUCUCUACAGUGAUGAUGACUAUGGCAUCAACGCUGCUCAGUCCUUCCAAAAGGAAGUGCAGUUGUUUGGAGGUUGUGUUUCCUUUUCUGAAAUCUUGCCUCUUGAUAACAACCACGUAGACAUCCAACGCAUUGUACAAGGGAUUCAGGCCUCUACAGCAAGAGUGGUGGUGGUGUUCUCCACAGAAGCCUAUCUGCUGCCUUUGAUGGAUGAGGUUGUAUUGCAGAAUGUAACAGGCAGGCAGUGGAUUGCAAGUGAAGCUUGGGCCACCUCCCCUGUGUUUCACACUCAGCAUCUUCUGCCCUUUCUAGGAGGCACUCUGGGCAUUGCCAUCCGUAGAGGAGAGAUCCAGGGACUUCAUAAAUUUCUGCUACGCCUCCAUCCUGACAGUAAUUUUAAAAAUAAUAUGGUGAGAAUCUUCUGGGAGAACAUGUUUGGGUGCAGCUUUGACACUGGAGGUAGAGAGGGAGAAACAAUGUGUACUGGACAGGAAGAUUUAAGCAGCACAGAAACAGCAUACACUGAUGUAUCAGAGCUGAGGGCCUCAUAUAAUGUGUAUAAGGCAGUUUAUGCCCUGGCACAUGCAUUACAUGGCCUUAUGCAGUGUGAGGAGGUUAGUGGGCCAUUCAGUGGGAACAGAUGUGGCGAUAUAACCAACCUAAAACCCUGGCAGCUGGUUCACUACCUACAGAAAGUGAACUUCACCACAGGAUUUGGGGACCGUGUGUCAUUUGAUGAGAAUGGAGAUGCUCUGGCAAUCUAUGAUGUGAUGAACUGGCAGCCAAGCGCUGAUGGAUCAAUAGUUGCUCGAACAGUUGGUGUGGUAGAUGAAGGGGCAGCAAGAGGGAAGGUGCUCACAUUGGAGGAGGAUGCAAUAUACUGGAACUUAGAGACAAAUAAACCUCAACAGUCUGUGUGCAGUGAGAGCUGCCCCCCAGGCACCAGGCGAGCCAGAAGGAAGGGCCUUCCUGUUUGCUGUUUUGACUGCCUACCAUGUGCAGAUGGAGAGAUUUCUAAUAUAUCAGAUUCAAUUGAGUGCACAGUGUGUCCAGAUGAGUUCUGGUCCAACCCAAAAAAGGAUGAGUGUGUCCCGAAAGAAGUGGAGUUUCUAUCCUAUGAGGAACCUCUGGGUAUUUCCUUGAGCACUGCUUCCUUGCUCGGCACCUGUAUCUGUUCUGCAGUGGUUGUCAUCUUUGCUCAUCACCGCCAUACUCCAGUUGUGCGAGCUAACAAUUCAGAGCUCAGCUUUCUGCUGCUGUUGUCACUCAAACUAUGUUUUUUGUGUGUGCUGCUUUUCAUUGGCCAGCCUCAGUUGUGGACCUGCCAGUUAAGACAUGCUGUGUUUGGCAUAAGCUUUGUCCUGUGCAUCUCCAGCAUCUUGGUGAAGACUAUGGUGGUAAUAGUUGUGUUCAAGUCAUCUCGACCAGAGGGUAAAAGUGCUAUGAAAUGGUUUGGAGCAACUCAACAAAGAUGCACAGUUCUGGUCCUAACAGCCCUCCAGGUUGUGAUAUGUACAGUCUGGCUAUCAAAUGCAUCUCCAGCACCUCAUAAAAAUAGCCAGUAUAUCAGUUCCAAAAUAGUAUAUGAAUGUACCAUUGGAUCAGUGGCUGGGUUUUCCAUGCUAUUCGGCUAUAUUGGUCUUUUAGCAGCAGUAAGUUUCCUGUUAGCCUUCCUUGCGAGAAAUCUACCAGAUAAUUUUAAUGAAGCAAAGUUCAUCACUUUUAGCAUGCUGAUCUUCUGUGCUGUGUGGAUUGCAUUUGUUCCAGCAUAUGUGAGUUCACCAGGGAAAUAUGCAGUGGCUGUAGAGAUAUUUGCCAUCUUGGCUUCAAGUUUUGGAUUACUGGUUGCCAUAUUUGCUCCAAAGUGCUACAUCAUUAUUUUACACCCAGAAAGAAACAAUAAAAAAGCCAUCAUGGGAAGAGCAACCUAAAAAACCAAAAACAGUCAGUUUUAAAUGCUGAACAAAUGUACUGCUUGUUGAAACUUGAAUAAACAGCUUUGAUACAGGUUAAGAACAAUUAGCAGCUGUUUUCAAUCAAAUAAGCUUGGCUGGUUUUCAGAUAAGUCUCUGUCAGGUCUAACAAACCCCUUACGUACCCUCACAUAAAUUGAAAUAUUCAGUUCAAAGAAACAUUUUAUCUAAAAAUGAAUUUAUGAAUGAUUUACACAGAAAAUAUGAAUUUAAAUCAUCCUAGCAUGCAUAUUGUUUAUGUCUUGUGUGAAAUAGUAUUUUAACAUUUACAAAUUGGCCCUUAUUGUAAGCCACUCACCAUAACAUAAUUUAUUUAUUUAUUUUUCUUAAUGAAUACAAUGGUCUUUUUUUUUUUUUUUUGUAAUCUACAUUAUGCCACAAAUGCUGUUGACUGAGUUUAACUUUUAUUAUUAAUUCUUCAAAUUAAGUAAAUAAAUAAAAUAUUUAAAUAAUUUAUUAGGGGUUUUUCUUCUGUUAGAGCUUUCAGUCUUUAAGUGCCACCUUCAUAUAUUGUAGUCAGCGUACACCUACAGGCAAUAUUAUGAUGUUAUGUUAACCUUAUUAAACCAUGCCUUACUAAGAACAGGUGGCACAGAAUGAGCGAUUAUGGGAUGAGAUGUUGCAUUCAAAUUCAUAAUGGAGCUUAAAGGAAUGUGAAUUAAUUAAUUAAUUAAUAAAUGUGUGUGUGUGUGCAGUGGCGGUUCUACAUUGAAUUACUCUCCGGGCGAGACCCCCUCUGAGCGCAUCCAGAGUUUAUUUGGCACUCGACAAUCAACAGAUUUCCCAUCCCCCAACACUGUCACUCACGACCAGAAGUCAAGCCUAAACCAGUUCACCUCCACAUAAUCGUUUUGUAUUACCUAUUUUUAGUAGCCAUUUCACACAAUUCAGAAGAAACAAAAACAUGCAAAUUAUAAGCCUGUGCUUUAAUAUUAUGAAUGAAAUGUGCGUUAUUUGGAAGAAAGUCAAGGUGUGACUGACUUUAGCCCACUUGUCCACUCCAUUUGGGAGAGGUGAACUGUACCCUACGCCCGCGCCCCCUCCCCUUUCCACUUCUCACUUCUCACUUCUCACACAGCUUCUGUGCGUGGCACCUUCUCAGCAAGCAGGGGCGCCAAUUUGCCAAUUCCCCGCACAGAUAUAUGAUAGAUAAUAGAAAACCGCUUAGCAGCGCAGAUUAUUUUUUAUUUUUUUUCCAGUGCUUGUGCCACCACCCACGUGUCAUGACAAAAUGCCGCCCGGGGCCUGCCCGGUUCGCCCAUGCCUAAAACCGCCACUGUGUGUGUGUGCACUUGUACAGCUAUCUUUGUGAGGGCCGGUUUGAGUUUUAGACCAUCGGAGUGAGGAUAAUCUUGUAAAUUGAGGACAUUUUGGCCGGUCCUCACUUUCUGGGAGCCCUUUAAAGGCAUGUUUGAGGGUCAAGACUUGGUCUUAGGGGUCAGGUUAUAAUUGGGUAAAGGGUAGGUUUAGGGUAAGGGUUUGGGUGAGGCACUUAGUUCUGAAGGUUAGGGUUAGGGUAAGGAGCUAGAGAUUGCAUUGUGUCAAUGUAUGGCCUCACAAAGAUAGCUAUACAUAUUAUUUUAAACUUGACCGUCGAGUUCACUUUGUGUGUGUCACGAAUCCGGUCUAUGAACUUCCGUUCACUCACCACCAGAGGUCACUCGCUCACCACAUUGACUCUCACACCACACAUCACACUGGACUCCAUUUCCCAUCAUACAUUGCACUGAUGACACAUACACAGCUGAUUAUACUGAUUGCACAUAAACAGCUGAAUGCUCUGAUCACACAGCUAUCAUCACACGCUCACCUAAGAGCUAUUACAUACACUACAUACAACACUCUCAGAUCCUGAUCUAGUUGCCGAGUAUUGUUCUGCGUUUAGCACUCCCCUAGUGUUAGCUGCCUUACCGAGCCAUUCUGUGUUUCUGUUUAAACUCCAGUAUUGUUCUGCAUUUAUCAUUCACCUAGUGAAUGCUGCUUUACUGAGUCUAGUCUACAUUUCAUGUUAGUCUUGUCAUCUCGUGUUGACUUGUUUUCCUUUUCCCUGACUCCUGCCUGUGUAUAUUGGAUUAACCCUUCGCCUUUCUGUUUGGACUCUGUUCGCCCCUGCUUGGACUAUUGCUCGUGUUCUUGGAUUACCCCUCUUGUCUAAACCCUUUGGAUAUUGUUCGCUGAUCUACGACCCACGCAUGCCCUCGGAAGUCUUGUCCUCAACAUAUCUGUUUGCUACUGUUUGAACUAUGCCUGUUAGGACCACAUCUCUGUCUAAUAAAAGCCUACA